GAAAGUACUAACUGUGCUCUUUCUAAACUAGACAUGGCUGCUGCUUCUGCCAGGGAUCCCCUCGAGGAGGAAACCACUUGUUCAAUUUGCUUGGAUUAUUUCAAGGAUCCUGUGACCAUAGAAUGUGGGCACAAUUUCUGCCAAGCGUGCCUGACCCAGUGGUGGAGGGAGUCAGGCACUGCAGAGACCUGCCCUCAGUGCAGAGAAAAAAUUCUGCAAAGGAACCUCAGGCCAAAUCGGCAGCUAGCCAACCUUAUAGAAAUAAUGAAGAAAGCCAGGCUUCAGGGGGCUAAGGGAGCAGAAGGCAAGGAGCGAGCCUGUGGGAAACACCAGGAGCCUCUCAAGCUCUUCUGUAAGGACCAUGAAACCUCUAUUUGUGUGGUGUGUGACAAGUCAAAGGAGCAUGAAAACCACAAGGUGAUUCCUCUGGAGGAGGCUUCAGAAUCAUACAAGGAUCGAAUUUGGAAUUUGCUGGAGACUCUGAAGAAGGAGAGAGAAAAAAUUCUGGCAUUCAAAGCAAAGACAGAACAGGAAAGCCAAGUUUUGAUUAAGGCAACAGAAAAAGAGAAGAGAAAGACUGUGGUUGCAUUCAGACAAAUGCAUGAGUUUCUAGAAGAACAAGAGAAGGUUCUUCUGUCCCAGAUGGAAGAGACGGAGAAGGAGAUUUCAGCCAAAAGGGAGGAACAUCUGGCCAUCCUUUCAGAGGAACUCUCUUUUCUUGAGGACCUCAUCUGGGAAGUGGAGGAGAAGAAUCAGCAGCCGGCAAGUGAACUCCUUCAGAAUUGUUUGUUAGACGCAAUGGAUGGGUGCUUAUAUUUUGUACUUCUUUUCUUCCCAGAUGUUCUCUUAUCUGGACCAAAGAAAGUGAAUGUAACUCUGGAUCCAGACACAGCUUUUCCCCGGCUCAUCUUAUCUGAAGACUUUAAAAGUGUGAGAUGGAAUAAGAAGUAUCAAGCUCUCCCCAAUCAUCCUGACAGAUUUAACCUAUGUCCUUUUGUCCUGGGACGUCAGGAAUUCUCAGCAGGAAGAUAUUAUUGGGACGUUUCUGUGGGAUGUCAAGAACACUGGGCUGUGGGUGUUGCCAGAAAGUCUGUGAGGAGAAAAGGUCCUGUUACGGUUAGCCCUAAGUGUGGGAUCUGGGCUGUAGGAAAUUCAGAUUUCCCCCCGUGCCUGGAUGGGAUGCUCCAGAAGAUCCGAGUGUUUCUGAGCUGUGCAGAGGGCCAGGUGGCUUUUUAUGAUGUUGAUACACAAAACCAUCUCUACACCUUCUCUGGAGCCUCAUUUGCAGGAGAGAUCAUUCUGCCCUUCUUUCGGGUGUUUCAAGGAGGCUACCUCAGAAUCUCUUCUUAAAGCAGCUGUGUUGGUCUCAUGGACCCUGACCUCUGAAGCAAGUUCAUUAAUAAAAACACACACACACACACACACACACACACACACACAUAUAUAUAUUGGUCAAAAACACCGUUUCCCUUCCUGCCAAAGGCCCCAGAGAGGCAAAUUCAAUCUAUAACGUUUUAAUAAUUUCUUUUAAUAAUUCAAUUGUAUUGUUUUUAUUGCAGGUGGGUGGGUUUGUGGGAUAUUGUGUUUUAUUAUUUUAAUGUUCUUUUAAUGUUGUCAGCCACCUCAAUCUAAUUGGAGAGGCAGGGCAUAAAUAAAAAUUUACUAUGAUUAUUUAUUAAAACUCACUCAAAAAUGCUUUGUCCUCACAGUUCUCCAGUCCCUCUUUGACUUUGGUAUGUACAGAGAGACUUGAACUUUAGUCAUCAUAAAAGAUAUCAAGCCUAUUCACAGGAGAACAGCACACAUUGUUUUCAAUAUCCUGGUCUUCAUUUCCCUUUCUUUUCUCCUCCCUACAAGACCAGAUAAAGUGACAUCAGAAAUGCAUUCUCACUGAAAUCCCGAAAGUAAAAA